AUGAGUAACGAUCUGGAAGCCCUGCGACAGGAGACAGAACAAUUAAAGAACCAAAUAAGGGAAGCCAGAAAGGCCGCUGGCGACACCACACUAGCGCAAGCAUGCAGUGGCGUAGAACCAAUCGGAAGAAUACAGAUGAGGACUCGGAGAACACUCCGGGGCCAUCUGGCCAAAAUAUAUGCCAUGCACUGGGCUUCUGACUCUAGGAAUUUAGUGUCAGCAUCUCAAGACGGGAAAUUAAUAGUGUGGGAUGGUUACACAACAAAUAAGGUUCACGCCAUUCCGCUUCGCUCCAGCUGGGUGAUGACCUGUGCCUACGCUCCCAGCGGCAACUUUGUGGCUUGUGGCGGUCUAGACAACAUCUGUUCUAUUUACAGUCUGAAAACACGCGAAGGCAACGUCCGAGUGAGCCGAGAGCUGCCUGGACACACCGGAUACCUGUCCUGCUGUAGAUUCAUUGAUGACAAUUCUAUUGUGACCAGCUCAGGAGAUAUGAGUUGUGCAUUGUGGGAUAUAGAAACAGGCCAGCAGACGACCUCAUUUACUGGACACACUGGUGACGUCAUGAGCCUGUCGCUGUCACCAGACUUUAGAACUUUUGUCUCCGGCGCUUGCGAUGCCUCAGCAAAGCUGUGGGAUAUACGAGAUGGGAUGUGCAAGCAGACUUUCUCUGGACAUGAAUCAGAUAUUAAUGCAAUCACUUAUUUCCCCAAUGGGCAUGCAUUUGCCACCGGCUCCGAUGACGCCACUUGCCGUCUAUUUGACAUCCGUGCCGACCAGGAAAUCGGCAUGUACUCCCACGACAACAUCAUCUGCGGCAUCACAAGCGUAGCCUUUUCCAAAUCUGGCCGCCUCUUGCUGGGUGGCUACGACGAUUUCAACUGUAACGUGUGGGAUGUACUGAAGCAGGAGCGUGCCGGUGUUCUGGCCGGUCACGACAACCGGGUGAGCUGCCUGGGUGUCACCGAGGACGGCUCUGCUGUGGCCACCGGAUCCUGGGAUAGCUUCUUAAAAAUCUGGAACUGA